AUGAAGGGACGCACAGUGGGGAGAAGCCUUAUGUGUGCCCGCAGUGUGAGAAGGCCUUCAGCCACCCAGGUUAUGUUAAGAUACAUGAAAGGACUCACACAAGAGAGAAACUCCAUGUCUGCCAGCAGUGUGGGAAAGCCUUCUUUGAGUGAUGCUCUAAAGCAUGAAAGAACUCACAGUGGUCAGAAACCAUUUCUGUGUAAGGAGAGCGGGAAAGCCUUCAUUGACUCAAGUUCCUUGUACAAACAUAAAAUAACUCACACUGAAGAGAAGCCCUACAUAUGCAGACAGUGUGGAAAUGCCUUUAGGUCUUGUGGUUACAUGACCAUACAUGAGAGGACUCACACUGGAGAGAAACCUUAUGUCUGUAAUCAGUGUGGGAAAGCAUUUGGGCAAUCCAGUUACUGUAUCAUCCAUGAGAGAACUCACACUGGAGAGAAGCCCUAUGUGUGUAAGCAGUGCGGGAAAGCCUUCUUAACUCUGAGUGGUUAUCGGAAACAUGAACAAACUCAUAAUGAACAGAAACCCUCCCUCUGUAAUGAAUGUGGGAAGACAGACAAUUUGAGCAAAUGGGAUAAAAGUCUCUGUAAAGAAUUUGGGGAAGCCUUUGUUAAUUCUGAUUCUUUGCAUAAAUAUUAA